GUGGCCAAAAGUCUGUCCCGGGCGCUGCGGGAUCGCCAUGGGGCUGCGGCGCACGGUGGUGCUCUGCCGCUUCCCCUCUCUGUCGAGACCCCCAACUCGGCCCCACGGCGGCUCCGCGACCCCCAAGCGCGGCGCAGGGGCCGUGGGGCUGGCCGUGGGGCUGACUGUGGGGCCGGCCGUGGGGCUCUGUGGGUCGCUCUGGUACUUUGGGGUCGAUCGUCGCGAGCGCCGACGCCUGCGGCUCCUCCUCGACGGCGUGGGGCGCUUCGCCAGGUCUGUGGGUGUCGGAGUGCGGAUUUCCAUCGAUUAUUGGUGGACGGAAAACGUGGAACUGCGCGGAGUGCCCGAGGAGUCGCCGCGGUUCGCGUCGGCCAUGUCGCGGUGCCACGUGCGGGCGGCCGAGCGCCUGACGGGAGCGGCGCUGCGCAACGGAGGGCUCUACGUCAAACUGGGGCAGAGCCUCUGCGCCUUCGACCAUCUGCUGCCCCCCGAGUACCCCCGGAGCCUGCGGCGCCUCGAGGACCGCGCCCUGAGCCGCGGCCGCCACGAGGGUCCCGGGUCAUAUUUUGGGGUUCCCUCUUGUAUUUUAGGGUCUCCACGUUGGUUUUUGGGGUCCCUUUGUUGUAUUUUGGGGUUCCCUCUUGUAUUUUGGGGUUCCCACAUUGACUUUUGGGGUUCCCACGUUGGUUAUUGGGGUCCCCAUGUGCAUUUUGGGCUCUCCCAUGUGGCUUUCGGGGUCUCCCAUGUGGCUUUUGGGUUCCAUAUGUGUAUUUUGGGGUCCCCCGUAUGUAUUUUGGGGUCCCCCCGUGUGUAUUUUGGGGUCCCCUUCCCCCGUGUGUAUUUUGGGGUCCCCCCACGUUGCUUUUUGGGGUCCCCCCAGGCGGCCACGAAGCUCAUCCGUCUCUUCGCCGAACAAAUCUUCUCCACCGGUUUCAUCCACGCGGAUCCGCAUCCCGGCAACGUGCUGGUGCGUCGCGGCGCCGACGGCAAAGCGGAACUCAUCCUCUUGGAUCACGGCCUCUACGAGGAGCUCAGCCAAAGGGACCGGGAGUGGCUGUGCCGCCUCUGGAGGGCGAUGGUACUGCGCGACGAGAGCGGCGUCCGGAGCUGCGCCCGACAAAUCGGGGUGCACGAGCCGCUGUUGCUGUGCGAGAUGCUGCUGCAGCGGCCGCUGUGGGGCGCGGGGGCGCUGUCGGACGCGCUGUCGCGGGAGGAGCGCUCCUACAUGCGGGCGAUGGCGCGGCGGCGCUUCGCGGCGGUGGCGGCGGUGCUGCGGGCGCUGCCGACGCCGCUCCUCCUCGUCUGCCGCAACAUCAACACCGUCCGCAGCGUCCACGCCGCCCUCGGAGCCCCCGUCGACCGCUACGGCCUCAUGGCCAGGAGCGCAGUGCGCAGUUGGGGACGCGGCAGCGGUGGCGGCGGUGGCGCCUUCGGGCGGUGGCUCAGAGCCACCUGGGAGAGCCUUCGCUUCGAGGUGGCCCUCAGCCUGGACCGCCUCUCGGUGCGGUUGACGUCAGCGGCGCUGCGGCUCCUCUCCCGCUGGGGGGUUCUGCCCCACGGCGACGUCCUCGACCGCCACCUGCGCGCGUAGGGGCGACCCACGGCGACACACGGCGACACACGG